CCACCGUUAAAAAACAAAAGAAGAAGAAUGAAGACCAGAAGAAGACGUAAACAUGGCUGCUGUUGCUGAGAUGUGAAAGAGAGUAUUUAGAGUAACUUUUGAAUUAGUUAAUGCUUCCGACAUGGACAGGACGUAUCAGUACGCCCAGUCAGGAAAUCAACAGCCCCCUAUCUACGAUGGUAGUAAUAUGCAGACGCCGUAUAUCGCUAACAGACAGCCGACGAGUAGCGGGUUGCAUGGACCUCCGCCCCCGGACCACAGUCUCCUACCGUGGGAACCUACACCCCCGGCUCAUGACGGUUACUCGUACGAUUCACCCGGAGCAGCUGGCCCCGGAGGGCCUCGCUACGCCCUCCCGUAUGGAUUCGACUACUCCAUCCCCCCGCCUCCUUUCAGCUACCCACCGCCUGGGCCCUUGAGCAUGGCACCCCCUCAGAUGAACGCAUACCGUAGCUCCAGACCCCCUUCGAGUCAGACCUUCUCCCAGCCGUUCAGAGCGGGUCCUCAGCCCCCUCGGUAUGAUUUCGAGCCUGGCCGUGACAGGAGUCUAGCUAAGACACAGCCGGGAGAUGAGCGAGCCCUGCAGAGGAUGCAGGACACACAGUGGCUCAGAGGCUUUUUGCAGAACAGAAGUAAAAAGUCCAGGGUUCCAAAGACCCAGCAGCAGCAGCAGACGCGCCUCAGCUCAGUCCCUCCAGUCAGAAAGACACUGUACCGGCUAUCUCAACUAGUCUCACUGAUGGAAGAGUCCUGUGAAAGCCUGAAACACAACCUGCACGAUGUCACUGUGUGGAGCGAAUCCUAUUCCACGACUUUAAACGUGAUGAAAGAAAUAUGUGACGAAGGGAAACUCCUCAGUGACGACCAAUGUUUAGAUCAACUGAAAGCUGACGCGUCUCGUUUUGCUCGGAGAAGAGCCCUGAGAGAGAGGGCCAGGAAAAAGCUGCAGAUGGAGGAGCAGCAGGCCAAGGACCGCCGUUCUGUGAAAGAGGCCGCUAUAGAUAAAUGGAUGAUGAAGCAAAUACAGCAAGUGGAGGACAAGAAGAAGGAGCGGGAGCUGAAGCUGGCUGCAGACUCUGUUCUGUGUGAGGUGAGGAAGAAGCAGGCGGACAUGAAGAGGAUGGAAGAUGUCCUGAAAUCUUUGGAGAAGCUGCGCAGGCUGAGGAAAGAGGCAGCAUCCAGGAAAGGUAUCGACACUGAGCAGCAGUUCAACCAGGUAUUCAGCAGCAGACUGGAGCACAUGGGCUAUGUGAUAAAGAAGAGGAUGGCGGUUUACUCGGCAGAGGAGAAAGCUCUGAUGGUGAUGCUGGAAGGAGAGCAAGAGGAAGAGAGGAGGAGAGAGCGCGAGAGACGGAUGAAGAAGGAGAAAGAGAGACAUUUGCACAGGAAACACAGAGUGAACUCUAUGCUGUUUGGAGAGGAGCUUCCCAGGGACAGUGUCUUGCAGCCGUUCAUUCAGUAUUACAGCCAGGCUGAACAUUCCCUGCAUGCUUUGAUACAAAUCAGGAGAGAGUGGGACAUGUUCGUGGUUUCAGCAGAUCACCCUGAUGGCUCCUUUAUACCUCAGAACUGGAUCCUGCCAGCCCCCCCAUCCGACCAGGCCUGGGCGUCUGCCGUGCAGACUGAAAGCGAUCAUGAUGGUCCUUGACUCAUCUGUGCUGUCUAGACAGUUAAAGCUGCCACUCAGAGCCUCCUAUGUGCACACAGUGUGUAAGCACAGCUUGAGAUGACCAAAACAAGUGGUUAGUGGAAUGGAAUAAUGAUUGUUUUUGAUGUUUCUACUGACUGUGAAAUGUAUUUAUAAUUUGAACAAUAAAAUGACUUUUUAUUAAAAUAA